UGAUGUGAGGACAAGGAUGGGGUUCGUGUACAUCCGGUUGCUGGUUUUUCUGGUGUUGCUGUUGGUGGUUCGUGGACAGGAGGACGAGGCAGAGAAUGGCGAAGAUCCCAGAAACAGAGCUGCACACACCACGGGAGGAUAUUCUGGAACAACAAGUAGAGACAGACUCGGCGUAAUUAUGAGUCCUGGUUACCCUGGCAACUAUCCCGAUAACUACCGCUUCCGGUAUGAUAUUUAUCUCGGCAGAGAAAAGAGUGACUUAGAAAUCAACUUUAAAAUCUUUGAUUUGGAGUACUGCAGCAAUUGUGACUGUGACUACAUAGAGAUAGAAAACUACAAGCUAGCGAAACCAUUGAAGUAUUGUGGAGCUGCCCUUCCUAAUGGAAACGGACAGGUAUAUUUGGACAACUUAGACGACUACGUGUGGAUAACGUUUCAGUCUAAUUCUAACCAACGUCGUCCGGGUUUUUACGCAACGUACGAGGUUACUCAGAGGUCAGGCAACGACUCGUUCCUGGCCGGAGGGUCAGUCUGUCCUCCAAUCGCCUGUCCGUAUUGUGAAGUCGGACAAACACCAGAAUAUGACUACACGAGUGUGUGUCCUUACUGUUACUGCAGAAGAUACCAGGAAAACACAUCGCCAAUGACAUCCUUGUGUCCACCUGUCUUCUGUCCGGCUUGUCCGUAUGGUUUCAAGCAGCACAUGGAUUAUAGCAGUUACAAGUGUACACAUUGCUAUUGUGUACACGAUCAUCAGUCAACGUCGAACCAGGAGACAACCACUAGCUACUAUCCAUGGUACCACCAUACGACCACUCGCCGUCCUUGGCAAACCACCAGUCAUCGUCCUUGGCGAACCACCAGUUAUCGUCCUUGGCACCCAGAAAGUACCAGUUAUCGUCCUUGGCAAACCACCAGUUAUCGUCCUUGGCACCCAGAAAGUACCAGUUAUCGUCCUUGGCAAACCACCAGUUAUCGUCCUUGGCGCCAAGAAAGUACCAGUUAUCGUCCUUGGCAUACCACCAGUUAUCGUCCUUGGCACCCAGAAAGUACCAGUUAUCGUCCUUGGCAUACCACCAGUCAUCAUCCUUGGCGUCCAGCAAGUACAACAGGGUACUAUCCCUGGCGACCACACUAUUCGUGGGAAACGACCACCGCUACAUACGACAGGUCAUGUGGGAGAGGAUAUUUCUUCGCUUCUUCGGGGAUCAUCAGGACCCCGGGGGCACCUAACCACCUGUACCCAAGCGGCACUGACUGCGAGUAUAACAUUGACGUGGGCGGAGUUAUUGGCACUCGUAAAACUGUUGCUUUGAGAUUCGAUUUUUUCGAACUUGAAAAGUGUGGUGGUUGCUCGUGUGACUCUCUCACCAUCAACUCUGAGGAAACCAGUGGAGUUAGAAUGUGUGAUAAUUACUUGGUUAACACGUCUCGUACCUAUUACGUCCAUACAACAAGCGACAUUUUGAAACUACGGUUUACCACGGAUUCCACGGUUGUCAGAUCCGGAUUUUCGUUGAGCUAUGACGUGUUGUCGUCAGAUGUAAACGACACAUGUGACAACGAUACCUGCUACACCUGUAAUGGACCUCCCAAUUUUGACUAUUUCGGAUGCUGCUUUUGUUCAAAUGGACAACACGAAUAUACAACGUCUGGCUAUAACUAUUCCACCCCUAACGUUUACUCCAAAAGUCGACUGCUUCAGAUACUGACCAAUAUAGAACAUCACGCACAAAUCUUAGAACAGUACGCUCGUGACGUGGAAAAUGAGGCGAAUGAUGCCAAGAACAUGGUCGCCCAGAGUUUCGGCUAACAGAUCGACAAACUUGAUUAUGUCAUGUAACAAAGGUUAUAAUAUUGUUCUUUUUGUUGUUUGUUAAAAGUUUUUUCAUAUUCUUUUAUUUUUUGUAAUUUGAAAAUGGACCGCUAAUUUUGAAAAUCAAACCACUUUCACCUACUAGUGUGUCGAUAGUUUUUGAUUGUGUAUAUUCUUUAAUAUAAUACAACUUAUACUUUAUUGGUAUAGUCUAUCCUUGAAAACUGUUGAUAAGGAGUAACAUCAAGACAUUGUUACGUGUUUCUCGCCUGCUUGCUAGAUAAAGUGUAAAUCUUGCUUGAGAUAUACUGUAUAUUUUAAAUUCCGUGAAUGAUUUAUGUUCAACAUUCAUUUCAUCAUGUUUUAUCCAUUAA